AUGGCCAUCUACAAGGUGACAGUGGCAACAGAUGACAUGGUGGAAGCUGGGACCAACAACUCCAUCUCCAUCACAUUGGUGGGCAGCUACAGCGAGAGCCACUGGACCACGGUCUUCUUCUUGUUCCUGCCAGGGAAGGAGAGGAGCCUGUCUUGGUUCUGCAAGGAUGUCCGUGUGACAGCUCUCAGUGGCACCCUGUAUCGCUUCCCCUGCUACCAGUGGCUGGAAGGGGUCACCACGGUGGAGGUGCUGGAAGGCUCAGGGAAGAAGCUGGUGAAGGACAAGCUGCAUAUCCUCAGGGAACAUCGUAGUCAGGAGCUGGCAGCAUGGCAGGAGGCUUACCAGUGGAAGAACUUCGCCCAGGGCUGGCCCCGUUGCCUGAAUGUGGACUCCAUCUUUGAGCUGGACUCCAACAUCCAAUUCUCCCGCAUCAGGGCAAACAACUUCACUGGUUUCCUCAUCUUCCAAGCGGCCUCCUACUUUCUGUCAGGGUUCCUACUGCGACACACCUCCUGGAACAGCCUGGAUGAGAUGCGCACCAUCUUCUCCCGAACACAGGGCAGGGACAUUGUCCCUGAGUACGUGGCCAAGCACUGGCAAGAUGACUUCUUUGAUUCCCAGUUCCUCAAUGGCAACAACCCCAUCAUCAUCCAUCGCUGCACUACGCUGCCGCUCAAUUUCCUGGUGACUCCAGAGAUGGUUGCUCGCUCACUGGGAGGUGGCACUGACCUGAGCAAGGAGCUGCAAGAAGGUCGGAUUUUCAUUGUGGACUACAAGGUGCUGGAGGACAUCCCGACCAACACCAUUUAUGGGUGCCAGCAGCACAUAGUGGCCCCGCUCUGCCUGCUUCAUCAGGGCAUCGAUGGGCUCCUGCGCCCCAUCGCCAUCCAGCUCAGCCAAACGCCAGGACCCUGCAGCCCCAUCUUCCUGCCAAGUGAUGAUGAGUGGGUCUGGCUGUUGGCCAAGACCUGGGUGCACAACACCGACUUCUACAGCCACCAGCUCCUCACCCACCUGCUAAGGACCCGCCUGUUUGGGGAGGUCUUCGCCAUCGCAAACCUGCGCCACUGCCACCCCCUCUUCAAGCUCCUCAUGCCCCACUUCCACUUCACACUGCACAUCAUCACCUUGGCCCGCACUGUGCUCAAGCCGGGGUGGCUGAUUGACGAGGGAUCAGGGGUGACCUAUGAGGGGUUGCUGCUGGUGGUGCAGCAAGGCCUGGAGCAGGUGACCUACACAUCCCUGUGCCUCCCCGAUGACAUCUGCCACCGUGGCAUGUCCCAUGUCCCCAACUACCACUACCGAGAUGAUGGGAUGAGACUCUGGGAAGCCAUUGAGAGAUGAGACUGCUUUGUCACCGGCAUUGUGACAUUCUACUACAGUGGGGAUGCAGCGGUGACUGGGGACACUGAGCUGCAGGCCUGGGUGAUGGACAUCACCAACGGCUUCCUAGGCAGGACCUCCUCAGGUGUUCCCUCCUCUCUGCAGACAGUGGCAGAGCUCAUCAAGUUCCUCACCAUGGUGAUGUUCACCCGCUCAUCACAGCACGUGGCCGUCAACAACGGGCAGUAUGAUCUGGGGGCCUUCAUCCCCAACACCCCGUCCUCCAUGCGUCACCCACCACCCUGUGAGGAGGGCCGGGCCUUCCUCCAGCACUUCCUCGACACCAUCCCUGAGGUGGCCACCACUGCCAACAUCCUGGUGGCCCUCAUUCUCCUCAGCUCUCAGUUCAAGGACAGGAGGCUCUUGGGACAGUACCCGGAGGAGUGGUUCACAGAGGCAGAACCUUGCCGGCUCAUCCGAGCCUUCCAAGGAUGGCUGGAGGAGAUCCGGGACCGGAUUGAGGAGAGGAACCACCUGGCUGAGCUGAGAUACAACUACCUGAACCCGCUGGAGACGGAGAACAGCAUCUCCAUCUGAGCACAGGAGCUGCACCUGCUCAACACACUCAGCACCCCCAGCACUCCCAGCAACCUGCACCUGGGCACACCCAGCACCCUGCACACUCAGAACCCCACAUCUGGCCACCCCCAGCACCCAGCAACCCCAGGACCCCACACCUGGAGAUCCGCAGCACCCACUCCUCAGUGGCCUCAGCACCCCCCCCACUCCAUUUUCCUCUCCCUAGUAAAUGACAGCUGGCAAUCAAACCCUUGCUGCUGGUACGCAUACCCUAAAACCCCACGGACCCAUGCAGACCCCACUAAAAGUGUGAAGCUGGACUGAGGCAACUGGGAGACAUGACAGAGUUCCCAGUGCUCCCAGUGCUUCCUCUCAGUGUUCACAGUGUGCAUCACUGGUGCCCAGUGACCUGGUGCCCUCUUGCAGUAAUCCCCUUGUUGUGGGCAGAGUGGGAGCUUCAGACUAAAGUUUAUUAGAGAAGCUCCUUUUGAGAUACAAGGUACAGA